AUGGAUAGCCCCCCGGUUUCUCCUGCUGGCUCGCGCGCGCCCUCGUCGACUCCCGCCACGCCGCUCCUGGACGAGUCCGAACUACAGGCGCAAGCGCACCCGGGCAGCGUCUCGGGCGACUCGGUGGACUUGGCAGGGAUUGCGAACGAGGUUCAAGGGGCGGGAGACCGCGCUCCCGAGACGCACGAAGGCGACCCUCAAACUACUCAGAAAGAUGCGAGCGGUCACGACGCGUCGCAGCAGCAAGAGGGACCGGCCCCAAAGCGCAUCAAGAAGGAGUUUGGCGGCGAGAAGUGGACAAGGGAAGAAGAGCUCGCUUUGCUCGAGAUUCGCAAGGGGCAGGGAGGAGCGACCUGGGAGGGCACACCGGAGAAGCUGGUCGCAAAGGGAUUUGCGAAACGAUCGGUCACAGCGUUGAAGCAGCGGUGGCAGGCGAUGGACGGGGCGAGCGGAAGUCCUCGACCAGCUACCGAGCAGGACAAGAGUUGGACGAAUGACCAGCUUCUCGCGCUCACCGCCAUCGUCACUCACCAAGACUCCGUCCCUGGAUUUCGCAAGAACCCGAUCGACUGGUCCUCCUGGCAGUCCGAAUUUCCUGGCAAGACCAAGUACCAGCUGAAACACAAGGUCGCCGACUUGCGCAAAGUGGAGGAGAAUGCGAAGUUGAAGGACCAACGACAUCAGGCGGACAAGGCGGCGCGUGAAGCGGCCAUCGAAGCGAAAUGGCGUUCGCUGCAGGCGGAGAAGGGUGGCGGUGGACAGGCGGACGCUGGAGCGGGACCAUCAACAACGACGAGCGCCGCCGACGACACUCCCCAAACGUUGGACGAGAUCAUCGCCGCCUGCUCCGCCACAGGACCUGCUGCGACCUUCGCGCCGUUGACUGUCGAAGAUGUCCAGAUGCCGUCGGGCUCAUGCGCCAUGCACAGCUUCAGUCAGACCCUUUGCGCGCAGCCGCCCUUCCACGAAGCCUCCUUCGGCCAGCUCGACUCCUUCCGCACGCAUCAACGGACGACCGCGUCGCCUCGUCCGAUUCCGCACCACCCCUCAACGUCGACGAUGUCGUCGCAACUCGACGCAUACCUCGAUUUCGCAAUUGACGCCGCCCUGUCCACUACUUCGCCAGUCCCGCCGCCGCAGAACACCCGUCCACACCAUCCGCCCAAUCACACGAUGAUCGGCCAGUCGAACUCGGCGCAGCGACUUCCGCAGUCCGCCUUCGUGCCGCGCGAGCAGCAGCACCAGCCCAUCUCCGCCGCCGCGAACGUCUCGCCCGCUUUGCCAGCGAAGCAGCCGGUCGUCGCUGCCGAAAUCGCCAAACUCAUCGUCGACGUGACCGGUCAGACGGCGAGUCAGCGCCAUGCGGCGCCGGCGCACGAGCCUGCGGAGGAGAAGCGAGAGGAGCCGAGGUGGAGGACGGACUUGGGCGACGAGGAGGACACGUCGUGGGUGCCGAAGUCGAAGGCGGGUAUGAAGCUGGAGGCGAAGCUGCGGGGUAUCGAGAGGCGUUUGAGGGAGUGA